AUGGCAGACACGCGCGCCGAUGAGCCGAACGACCCGGAGUUCAUCGCUAUGGCGCCACUCGAGCCGGCAGAGGACGUUCCAGACGCAGUCCUUGCGGAGCAACUGCUGUCCUUCGGGGGCAUUCUGUUCCCUGAGCUGCAACACUGGCGCGAUGACUCGCAAAAGCGAUGAAGUCGCUUCUUGAGAAGGUUCAUGUUAGGCGAGUUGUUAUCGAUGAGGCACAUUGCGGGGUUGCGGACAGGGAGUGGCGGUCGGGUUACAUGAGGCUCGCGGGUUGGCUUGGGCCAUUCAUCAAGAAGAAGAUGGUGUCUGUGACGUUCAUGUCGGCAACCCUGCCUGGUGACUUUCUCUCGCGCGCGUCCGAGGAACUAGACGUUCCGAGAGAGUGGUGGACUGUUCUGAUGAGCAGGGUGUCCCGACCAUGCCUGCGCUUGGAGGUUGAGUCAAAUGUCCGAGUGACAGGAGCUGCAAAGCGUAUCGCCGAGCUAUUGCAGGCUACACCGGAGGCUCAAUGCGCAAUUGUGUUUUGCCGGCCGCCGUCGCAGUGCGACAACGUGUGCGAAAGUCUUCGGAAGUUGGGAAGUGUCGCUGCGCGUGCUGGUAACCGCCUCUGCAAUGUCUACUACAGCGCCCUUCCUAUGGAGACAAGGCGCCGAAAGCUGCGAAAGUGGCUCAGCGGAGAGGUUCGAUGCCUCAUUGGCACCACGUCAAUCGCGAUGGGAAUCGAUCAUCCGAGUAUUGGCUUAGUCGUUCACUACGGGUUGCCCGAUUCGGCAACGUCUUAUGCACAGCACGUCGGACGUGCCGCUCGCAGAGCAGGACAAACAGCUCGAUGCGUGCUUAUGUGCUCACCUCUGGCGGACAUGUCGGGCUGGGCCACGCUGUCCAGUCUGCAUAGCCCCGGGCAGCCCGCUUCUGGAGCCGCGGCAGUAGACAUCGGUGGGCGGGCAGAGCCCGAUGAUGCCUCCAUUGGGAUAGCAGCAUGGGCUGAAAUCGAGUUUGUCAGGCAGGACAUGGAGGACCGAAGGAGGUUCUAUAGGGGCCUGGCCGCAAUGGCUCUCAUGGCUCGACGUGCACAGCUGGGUGCAUGCAUGCGGCGUCUGCUUGGUCUGGCUUUUGUGCGGUAUGAAGAUUGGGAUGCUGAAAUUGUGGCUGCGAUGGGCUGCUUCAAAUGGCGGGGGAUAGGUGCGCAAGAGGGGUACGAGAUUGUGAAUGCGUUUUUCUGCAACGGGUCCCUCGAAGGCGCCCCGCAGGCUGUAGUAAAGCUCAUAAGGGUUGCUAGCCAGGAGGAGGGGCUUGACGCAGGGGCGCUGAGGGAAGACCUACACGCAUCACUGAGUUCAAUUCUUCUAGAUCCCGCCACCAAGCCGGCUUCGAUGCUAACAAGAGCUCAGUUUGAGUUUAUGUGCCUUUAUGUUGUUGCCAAGUCGAACUGCUUAUCCAUUAUUGCGGUCAAGUCCGCCACUCGAUUUUGCAGCAUUCUGCGCCUCGUUGCCGUGCCGGGCUCCAGCGGCUUUUCGGGCUCGGUUGUUGUUGGUAGAGAAGUUAGGCGGCCGAAGAGACCCUGA